AUGGACGCGGCUAGUAUCAGAGUUCAAGCAUCAACAAUCAAAGACUACGGCGGACGUAUAGUAAGAGUUGUGGGACGCGUUGAGAAUAUUGACUUUGGCUCCAACACAGCGACAAUUCUGGCGGGAGGCCCCAUUGAAGUUAUUACCAACGCGAACGAUCCGCUCGAAACAGGCAAGAUUUACGAAAUAAUUGGCAAAGUGGGUGCUUCUGACUUCAAGAUUAAUGCCUACUCUGUGACUCAGUUCUCGGAUAACACAAAUGUGGAGUUGCACAGCAGGUUGGCCGCACUAGUUCCAAAAGUACCAGAGCUCUUUUACUAA